AGCUGACCGGACCUACCAAUGGAACUUGUAUCAAUGAAAGACUGGUAAUUUCAGGACAAAAUAUGAAUGAUAUAAUUCCCACAAUUUGUGGCUAUAAUACAGGACAGUCCAUUUACGUAGACGUUUCGACGAUGUCAGGACCUCUUCAGUUGAUGGUUCUAUCGAAUGUUUCUUAUAGAAAAAGAUUUCGAUUUCGUAUUUGCCAGUAUGCAGAUUCAUGUUUGGAGCCUACCAGUAAUUGUUUACAAUAUUAUACUGGAGUUACAGGAACGAUUUCUUCUUUCAACUACGAUCAAGUUUCAAUGUUCAAUAGAAGUGUUCCUGUAUAUUUUAAUAAUUUGAACUACGCCAUUUGCAUAAGACGAGAAGCAGGUUUCUGUUCGAUCACUUAUACAAAUGUCAGGAAUGGAGUAGAAUAUCCAUUUGAACUCCGUAACGUAGGUAAUGAUGGUGUUUCAACUUUACCAAGAGGAAUCGCUGGUGUAGAUACCAUUGAUUGUCCAGAUGAUUAUAUUGUGGUCGCAGGAACGAGAUUAUGUGGUUACAAAUUCAAUGAUGGAUCGAAUUCAAAUUUUACAGUUAAUGCACCGGUUACAGAUACUAACGCAGGUCCAAUUGUCAUACCAGUCAGGACCAACUCCGCUGUAACUGGUUUGGGUUUCAAGUUAUUUUACACCCAAAAUCGUUGUAUUACAUGAUAAUAUUGACAUGGAGCGUCAUGAAACAUUGUUAUAUUUAUUCAGAGAAGAAUUUAUUUAUGAUAAUAUUAACAAUUAUGUAAUUAAAAUAUUGGAAAUAU